GGAUGCUUCACCCUCCUUUCCCAUCUAACGUUGCCCAUCAAUCAAUCGCCUUUGGUUCUCAUUUUUCCUUCUUUCUUUUGUCGUCGUUUUUGUGCAUUCUUUUCCCUGCCUCUACCACCAUAUCUCAACCAACGACUCGAUUUUUCCUCCCGUUUGACCAUAAGCAUACCCGGAAUCUCUUCGCCUCCUUUGUUCUCAACAGCGAUCUUACACUGGGCCUCGUCACCGUCGAGCCGACCAGAAUAUUGAAAUUGUGUCAAAAUUUGCCCAAGAUACAUACGACUUGAGGCUGCCGGGAAACAUGGCGUAUCCAAUGCUACUUGCCGCUCUUCUAUUCUUGGUUCUUAGCCUCUCGGCCACGUCUACUGACAGCGAAAAUGGCGACUACGACCAGUGCUACUUUAAUGCCGGUUAUGUCGGCCCAACGAGCCUUCUCCCUUGCUUACCGGCGAACGAGACAGAUAAUGGCUUCAGUUGGUGCUGCCUGGCAGGUGACUCUUGCGUCAAUCAAGCCUGUUGGAAUCGACCAUCAGGCGUGACUUAUCAGUAUGGUUGUAACGACCCGACUUACAAAGACAAGAGCUGCCCCCUCAAGGGUGACCUCGACCCAGCCAAGUCUCCCUGGAUAGGUCUUGUCCGAUGCGAUACUGAGAACGAGGGCCUCCUCAAAUACUGGGCAUGCAACCAUCCAGACACCUGCGGCGAAAAUUGCCCGACUGAACCCGACCGACCGCAAGUGACCCAGUCUGUCUGGCCGUGGAUACCCAAGUCCUUGCCACCCAACACAGACUGCAAAGACCUAGGAAAGCGAGUUUUGGCAAUGUAUGCCCCCAAUCCACUUGGCUCGACCGGUGGUGUACCGUCAGUGUACACGGCCGCAGCAGACAAACCGAGUCCAUCCAUGCCGCCAGUGCAAAGCAGUGACACGACAUAUUCGGCUUCCUCGUCAAUGCCUAUCUCUGUUUCCGAUCCUACAAGUUCCGUCAUCAGCGUCACAUCUUCCACAACCGCCGCCGCUAUAUCUGUCGACUCUGAGACUAGCCGCUUAAACCUGGGCACCGGUGCUAUCGCUGGCAUUGCUGUCUCUUCCACUAUUGCCCUCGGAUCAGCCUUGUUGGUCGCCUUCAUGCUACUCCGACGCCGUCGCUCCCGACAGGAUCCAGUCUCUGAUACACAUGAGGACGAGAGCUAUAACCACGAUCAGCAUGGUCCUGCAGAGUUGCCCGACGAGAAACACAACCUCAUAAACCCCAACAUCUCCGCUCAGCACGCCGAGAACUCCAGGCUCUCCGUACUACUAUCACGGCAUCGGCCAACCUCUUUCUGA